UCAUUCUGAGCGCCAACGAAAGUCGUGUGGGAGCAGAGCCAACUUAAAAUUCAAAAAGGAGAAAGAAAUUAGUCCAGGUAAGUUGGCAACAUUGGUUUCAGAGACGCGACGGGCACGCUGUUAGUUGAAAGUUUGAAUUUCCCGCUUUAAUUUGUUGUAGAUAGACCAUAGAACAAGCAAACAGGUGAUACCAACAUGACACAACACAGCACAUAGUGACAUAACAAAUUAUACAAAAUGGCGUAAAAGAGAAGUGUCUUAGUGUCUUACCUCCGGUAUACCUACUUCUUGAACAAUAAAAAUUUAAAGUACAAUUUAUGUGAAACGAAUUAUUGAGUAUAUAUACAUUAGAUUUAUUCAAUUAAUGGAUGGAAAAUAAUAAUUUUCAACAAAUUGGAAAUCGAAUUACCCAAAGUGAUUAAUUGCAAAAGAAGUUCAAUCAUUAUCAUUUAACUUUGAUGACAGUAAGCAAGUGAAUAUUCAUUAUGGAUGAACUAUUAUUAACGAGACUGAAACUUCUCGCCACUCAAAUAGAAACUCUCUCGAAUCAAGCUCUUAGUCUCGGCUCUCUGCACAAUGACUUAAUCUACAAUGCAGAAGUAAUCAAGACUAAAUUGCAAAACCUCUCGACGAGAUUAAACGAUGAUUUACAUAAUUACUUCAGAAUGAAUAAAACGGAGAUUUCAGCGACAAAUGGGGAACCUCGAAGUUUUCGUAAGAGACGGUUUUCACAACGGGAAGAACGUAAAGAACAGAGAGAAGAUACAACAUCAAAAGGAAGUAAUACGACAGAGGGUGAAGUUGUCUCGAAGAGGAUGAAAGUACCAUGCGUGUUUUGCAAAGGCGAUCACUACAACGACCUUUGUGAUAAAUAUAAAACAGCCAAGGAACGAAAAUCACGGUUAGGAGACAGAUGUUACGGAUGUCUCUUGAGAAAUCAUCGGAUUGCGCAGUGCUAUAACAAUAAAAAUUCUUGUUAUUAUUGUAAAAAACGUGGUCUACAUCACAGAGCAUUGUGUCCUCAGAAAUUUCCAUCUAAAACCGAAACCACCACUCUAACAGAGGUUGACAGAAGAUGACAUACGGUUCUUCAAACAGCAGUAGUGAUGACACGAGGAGAUAGGAACAAGGCUAAACAGACACGAUGUCGUAUACUAUUCGAUUCAGGCUCUCAGAGAUCUUACAUUACCCAAAACAUUGCGAAAAAAUUAAAUUUAUCAAUAGAGAAGGAUGAAAAUUUGUCUGUCUAUACUUUUGGUUCAAGAAGUCCUCGAGAAUUUAAUAGUCCAGUAGUUCAACUAGAGUUAGAGACUAAAUCUAAAAAAGGAAAAAUCAUUUAUGCAAACAUUGUGCCUAUGAUUUCUCAAAGCGUACCCUAUGCUGAAGAACUUAACAAUUGGAGAUACAAGGUAGAACUUGCAGAUGACGGAUCGUUAACAGAUCAAGUUGAUAUUCUUAUUGGAAAUGAUUAUUAUUAUUCGUUUCUUCAUUCAGAGAAAAUACGAAUAAGUGAAGACUUAUACCUAGUAGAUUCUGAGUUCGGAUGGAUACUAUCAGGUCAGGGUCCACGUAGAGAUAUGGAAGAACAACACAUGUCAGUUAUCACAUAUUUUCAAACAGAGAUAGAUUUUAAAUUUAACAAACCUGACAUGCCUUUAGAUCAAGGAAGUAUAGCAUUCUUGUGGGAACUAGAGUCAAUUGGCAUAACCGAUUCACCUAAAAUUACACGAGAGGAAGAGGCUAUUCAUAAAUUCAACGAGACUACUAAAUUAAUUAACAAUAGAUAUCAUGUCAGUUGGCCGUGGAACGAAUACCCACCGUCACUAACACCUAACUAUGGAUUAGCAUAUGGUCGUUUAGUAAAUUUAGUCAAGCGGUUAGAUAAGGAAACCCUAAAGUCCUAUAAUGAUGCUAUACAGGAACAAAUAUCGAAAGGAAUAGUCGAAGAAGUAUUAGACAAGACCCGUGUAGAACAUCCAGUACACUAUCUACCACAUCAUUGCGUUGCUCAGAAGAAUAAACCUAUUAGGAUUGUCUAUGAUGCCUCAUCGAAAAUUAAAGGCAAUAAAAGUUUGAACGAAUGUCUGUAUUGCGGUCCAUUGAUGUUAGAAGAUUUAACAUGUAUACUUAUUAGAUUUCGAAGUCAUAACAUUGCUUUGGCAGCAGAUGUCGAGAAGGCUUUCCUUCAGAUAGGAUUACAUGAAAAGGAUCGCGACGUAACGAGAUUUAUUUGGUUGAAAGAUGUCGAAAAACCACCACAUGUAGAUAACAUUAUCUGUCUAAGGUUUUGUAGAGUUCCUUUCGGAAUUAUAUCUAGUCCGUUCUUAUUAAAUGCAACAAUUAAACAUCAUCUUUCUAAAGGAAAUGAACAGCUACAACUAAUUGCUAAAGAUAUUUAUGUUGAUAAUUUAGUAACUGGGGUUCAAACACUUGACGAGGCUAUCCAAAUAUAUCAAGACACAAAGGAUACGUUUGGACAAAUUUCAAUGAACCUUAGAGAUUGGAGUUCAAAUUCGAAACAAUUUAUGAAUAGAAUACCCGAUGGUGUUAAAGAAAAGGUUGUAAAAAUUUUAGGCCUAGAUUGGAAUUUAAAACAUGAUACGUUACAUGUAAAGUUCACGUUAACCACCGAAGCAUAUUCUAAACGGGAAGUAUUGAAGGUAAUCGCUUCGAUAUACGAUCCUUGUGGAUUCGGAGUACCACAUGUUUUAUCAGCUAAGCUAUUUCUACAAGAACUUUGGAAGACUAAAGUUAAAUGGGAUACGAAGUUUUCAAAAGAAAUGCAAGAUAAAUGGUCAGAAAUCCGAAAAGAAUUAGAGACUAUUAGAGGAAUAUCGAUACCUAGAUGCUAUAUAAAAAAUGUAAAAGGCGAAGAAUAUCAUUUGCAUUGUUUCACAGACGCUUCACUCAAAGCGUAUGCUGCAGUAGUAUACAUAACACAUGGUGCUAAGACAAGUUUUGUCAUAGGAAAAACACGAUUAAUCCCUAUAAAGGAUCAACAACAUUUAAAAAUUCCUCGGCUAGAAUUGCUAGGAGCUUUAAUUGGUUGCAGACUAAUUAAGAUGGUUUUAAAAGCAUUUAACAUGAAAUUAGGAUAUCAAACAUUAUGGACUGAUAGUCAAAUUGUCAUAGAAUGGUGCCAAUCGGAUAAAUUGCUUCCACCAUUCGUAUCUAGACGAGUUGAGGAAAUAAGGAGUAAUAAAGAGCUCAUGAUUAAGUAUGUUCCUUCAGAGUUGAAUCCGGCAGAUAUUGCAACCAGACCGAUGAGUUCCAACGAAGACAAGGAAAGAUGGCUUACAGGUCCACAGUUUUUAUCAGAAUCCGACAAACAGAAAACGCCUGUGAAAUACAUGUCACAGUCAUUUUUUCUUUCGACGCGGGAGGGUCUGCCGAAUACCUCUAAAGAAAAGGAUAGUAAUCUAGAGCUACAAAACAACUUCUCAGGAGAAAGUAUUAGAGCCAAAGAAGAUAGCAGAACUAGUUACAAAGAAUCGCUUUGUAUUACGGAAACAAUAAAGAAGCUACAAGCAGAAUACUUCACUCAGGAAGUUGCGGGGAAAGAAACGGAUUUAAGUCGUAAUCUCAAGUUAUUUAAGGAUGUUGAUGGAUUACUACGGUGUAAAGGACGUCUUCAGAAUGCAGAACUAUCGUUUGACAAACGGUACCCUAUAUUGAUACCUAAGGAAUGUGACUUUACGAAUAACCUUAUAAAGAAAGUUCACAAUGAUAAUUAUCAUGUAGGGGCGAAUCAUACACUUAGUCUCAUCAGACAGUCAUAUUGGAUACCAAAGGGUAAAUCUCAGAUUCAGAGGAUAUUGAAGAAAUGUCCAAGGUGUAUUAAACAUGGAGCGGGUCCAUUUAAGUUACCACCUACUCCAGCGCUUCCUGUAGAAAGAGUAGGUUACAGCGAACCAUUUACCUUUGUAGGGAUAGACUAUAUGGGUCCUGUUCUUGUCAAGAGUGGACAAAAGAGAUGGAUCUGUUUAUUCACCUGUUUAGCGGUGAGAGCUAUUCAUUUAGAAUUAGUGCAAGAUCUUACAGCGGAGGAAGGUUUAUUGGCGUUGAGAAGGACAAUAGCAACCAGAAAGGUCCCUCAACUCAUUACAUCAGACAACGCGACACAUUUCAAACUUAUAGCAGAGAUUCUCUCGAAACAAUAUUGUAUUGACAACAAAAUUCAAUGGAAGUUCAUACCUCAGUUGACGCCUUGGUUUGGUGGAUUUGACGAAAGAUUGAUAGGGAUAGUUAAGAAUUGUAUGAAGCGUACACUAGCAAAGCACAUGCUUUCAGAUAGUCAACUAACUACCGUAGUCAAGGAAAUUGAAGCUGUAAUAAAUUCAAGACCGCUUACAUGUGUAGAUUCAGAGUUGGAUAUAAUUCUAAAACCAGCUGAUUUUCUUACACUAGGAAGUUGUAUCACUAUAGAAGGAACUGUCGAAGAUUGUCUAGAGAAAGGUACUACGAUUAAAGUCGAUCUUAUAAAAAGUUGGAAGAGGGGUCUCAUCAUCGUAAGAGAAUUCAAAGAUAUGUUUGUUAACAGAUAUUUACUAAGUCUCCGAGAAAGGUAUCAGCACUCACAUAAAGAGCCACGUGUCACAUCGAAACAGUCUCCGGCGAUAGGACAGAUAGUGCAAAUAAAAGGAGAAAAUAAAAAUAGAGAAACCUGGAGAGUAGGAAAAAUUGUUUCACUGAAAGAAGGAAGUGAUGGUUUAUGUAGAGUAGCCAUAGUAAAGGUUGGAGAUAAGAAUUUCACACGGUCAAUAGCGCAUCUGUACCCUCUAGAGGUUCAAGAGUCAGAGGAAGACAUGGAAGAAAGAUUUAUAAGAGAUGAUACUUCGAGUGAGCUUGCUUCUGCCACGUUAGCCGAGCCUUUGGAAGAGAGUACCGACAGACAGAUAACUAUCUCAGAGGGGAUAGCUCAAGAAGAGAACUCACCUAUGAUGCAAAUAGACGAACCCAUUCAGGAGACAAUGGAGUGUGAAACCUUAGAGAGUGAAAGUAGAGAAUCUAUUGGGGAUGUUAUUGAUUCAGAGGGAGUCGGGACACUAGCGAGAGACGAGGAGAAGGAAGAAGAUGGUAGAGUGGGUAGAGUGAGGAGAGUUGCGGCCACUAAAGCCCUACAGAGGAUUAAAGAGUGGACGAACAACUUAUUAUGCCUAUUUUGA